UCCCGUGGCCACCGAGGUCACGACCACCAACCCCGUGGCCACCAAGGUCAUGGUCAUCAAGCCCAUGGCCACCAAGGUCACGGUCAACAGGCCCAUGGCCACCAGCCCCAUGGCCACCACCCCCGUGGCCACCAAGUCCAUGGCCAACAAGCCCAUGGCCACCAGCCCCAUGGCCACCAACCCAGUGGCCACCAACCCCAUGACCACCAGCCCCAUGGCCACCAACCCCGUGGCCACCAACCCCUUGACCACCACCCCCGUGGCCACCAACCCCUUGACCACCACCCCCGUGGCCACCACCCCCAAGACCAGUAGCCCCAUGGCCACCAACCCCAUGGCCACCACCCCCGUGGCCACCACCCCUUUGUCCCUCAACCCCACCACCAACAUCCCCGUGGCCUCCACCCCCAUGGCCACCAUCCCCAUGACCACCACCCCUGUGGCCACCACCCCCAAGACCAGUAGCCCCAUGGCCACCACCCCCGUGGCCACCAACCCCGUGGUCACCAAGAUCAUGGCCACCAAGGUCAUGGUCAACAGGCCCUUGGCCACCAACCCCAAGACCACC